AUGGCUGGCGGAAAAGGAAAGUCCUCGGGUGGCAAGAGCUCUGGUGGCAAGACAUCCGGUGUUGAGGGUUCCAAGAAGCAGCAGAGCCAUUCUCAACGCGCCGGUCUGCAGUUUCCCUGCGGCCGUGUGAAGCGCUUCUUGAAGCAAAACACCCAAAAUAAGAUGCGCGUCGGCGCCAAGGCUGCUGUCUACGUUACUGCCGUACUGGAAUACUUGACUGCCGAAGUUCUCGAGCUUGCUGGAAACGCUGCCAAGGAUCUCAAGGUCAAGCGUAUCACUCCCCGCCAUCUCCAGCUCGCCAUCCGUGGUGACGAAGAGCUCGACACCCUGAUCCGUGCCACCAUCGCCUUCGGUGGUGUUCUCCCACACAUCAACCGCGCCCUUCUGCUCAAGGUGGAGCAGAAGAAGAAGGCCAAGGCCGCCGAGGCAUAA